GGGCCGCCAUAUUGCUCUAUCGCCGUGCGUGCGUCUACUACUUUAUUGAAUCAGAAGCCUGAGCCAGUCCACAGCUGUUGCUUGCAUUUGUUAUUGAAUUUCAUUCCUGUCGAUAACAAUUAAUACAAUGGGUGACCGCAAUGAUCCUAUCAAGUUUGGCCCAGAGUGGCUCCGGAAUUUGGCACGAGAGGGUAAUGCCAGCACAUCUGGGAACAACAAUCAGAGUGCUGUGUCACCAAAUUCCUCCAACAGUGGUGCCACUGGCUCUCCUUCUGGAGGGAAUACAGCAUCUGGUUCUAGCCCAGCCAACACAUCUACCACACCCCAGAAUGUUUCACCAAAAGUAAAACUUGCAAAACUUCGAUACGGCAGAGAAGAAAUGUUAGCUUUAUAUGAUAGAAAUUCAGACGCACCCCCUGAACUAAAAUAUGUUGACAUUCUGUAUCAACCCAGAGGCAAAGCUCCACUUGCUCUAAAUAACACAUUUGAGGAUGACAUUCAGAGAGAAAACAUGCGAAGUGGGCCACCUAUAGGUGGCAAUAAUCAAGGGGAAAGAUUUGGUUUAAGUAGGGGUAUAGGGCGUGGCUUAAGCGUUAGUGAUGGUAGGGGAAGACCCAGAAUACCCUUUGUCCGUUCACCAUCUGCAGGGAGAGGGGCAACAACAUGGCAUCUUGGUAGUCCUCGAAUGCCUGGGUAUAGUGGUGGAACAGAUGACGACUCGCCUAUGAACAACCGGUCUUCAUGGAGUGGAGGUAACACAGGCAACCCAGUUAACAGAAACAGUGGAGAACAAGCUGAAUGGACACCAAGUAAACUGUUUCGGAGCAAACGUCAAGGUCAAGCAACAAAUUGGAGGCAGUCCAGAGAAGAAGGGGAAGAGUGGCGCUCGUCAGAUGCAGGGAGACGCUCCAAUCAGCAAGAUAAAUGGGAUCGAGAUUGGGGCGAAAGACAGACCCAAGACAAACCUCAAACCUGGAGUUCCAACCGUCGCACGUGGGUAGGCGGUGACACACAGAACAAUGACGACAAUUUACCAGAAUGGGCUGUAGAUAAUGCUGAAGCGUGUGGAGGUACAUUUGAUUCAUCUGGGGCUUUCCACGGAUUCAGCAACGACGACACAAACAUACCAAAAACUCCAGACAAUACAUAUCCUCUCGCUCGUUCACAUACACAUGGCAGUUUCGCACGCUCUAAAACGGCAGAGGAAGGCUCUGAAGAAUGGUGGGCUUCUGAUAAAGCAAAGAAAUUAUCACCAAAGCGCUUCGAUGCCAGUGAUGUGAAAUUUAAAAAGCAAAUGAGCACACCUGAAUCGUGCACAGGCACAGAUGCUAAACCUUCAACAACUAAAGAUGAUGAUGGAAUGCAUGAAAUAUCAGAGCAGCUUGACAAUGACAUAUCACUUUCAGAUCGAUCUGAAAACACAACUGGCGAUUUUACCGAUAAUGACAAAUACAGUAGUAAAAGCUCUUAUAAAUCGAAAUAUUUAACAGAAAGCAAAACAUUUGAUUCCCACAUGAGAUCAGAUAUAAAUCUUGAUGAAGCAAAUGAAGGCCAAGAAAGAGGCAACUUCCAGUCGGUUAUGAUAACUCCCAAUAACAGCUUACGACAGAAACAUCAAAACAUAGUUUCGGCAGCAUCAGAUGUCUCUAGAGAUACCUACGUGAAGAACCAAGACCAGCAAGCAAUCAUGCAAUUACUUCAGAACGCAACAACCAGUCAAACCUUAGAAAAUGAAAUGCGGAAACAAGCAUCAGAGGAUAAAAUUGUAGAUGAAAUAUUUGAUAUGACAUUGGAAGAUAAAGAUUUAAUGCCAAAACAAAAAAUAAUUAGUACUCUAAAACAACCAAGUGCUAGCGAUAUGUCUUCAAAUAUGGUAAACUCAAUGCCACAAAUGCAAAAUAUGCCAAUGCAAAUGAGGUUGUCAAGUCCCGUUUACCCAAAUCAAGGAAUGAUGAUAAAUACAAAAUCAAAUAUCCCAAAUUCAGGAAUGCAGUCAGGCUUGCAAGCUUUAUCGACAGGGGGCUUGCAAGGGGUUUUACCAUCAGGAAUGCAAUUACCGAUGGGCCUACAAAUGGGAUUGCCACAAACACUGCAGCAGGUCACUAGUAUGCAGGCAUUAGGGAUGCCAGUCAAUAUGCACCAAGGAAGCGGGAAUCAACAGCAAGGCAGUUCAAUGCAAGGGUCAUCAAUGCCAGGAAAUAUGCAAACCUCAAGCUUGCAGAAUCCUGGAAUCGAAAGUUCUGGCUUACAAGGGUCCAUGCAACCAUCCAUGCAAUCUGUGGGAAUUACGAAUUCUGCCCUGAAUGCUUCUCUGGGUUUGCCCAUCAGACCUGUUAGUAAUUCAAUGGGAUUACCAAUGCAAGGUCUUCCUCCGCCAGUAAGACCGAGUUCGGGAAUGAACUCUAGUAUGGGGGGUUCCGGUAUGCAAGGCCUUGGUCCUGGAAAUAUGCAAGGCGGUAGUACAGGAAUGUCAGGUUAUCCAGCCAGUAGUUUACUCGGUAUGAGCAACCCCAAUAUUGCUAACAGUUCGCUCUUCAUUGGACAGAAUUCUAGCAAUCCUUCAGUAAGUAAAUCUAUGGGAACAUCGGGUGACAUUCCAAUGCCAAGUAAUCAUGGAAACCAAAGUAACAUGUAUCCGAUGCACGGACAACACUCUGGAUCACAGGCAGCGUUUAGUUCGUCAAUAUAUAGCAACAUAAUGCAACAGUCACCGAAUCAACAACCACCUAAUACUCCAACCUUGGCCGAUCAGUGGUAUUACGAGGACCCAGAGAAAAACAUACAAGGACCGUUCACAAGCAAAGAGAUGUAUAAAUGGUACAGAGCCGGUUUCUUCAGCCCGAGUUUCAUGGUCCGGCGCGCGUGCGAUACGCACAUGCGGCCCCUCGGUUCCUACGGUCCGGUCGUGCCGUUCACCCCGAUGCUGGGUUAUGACCGUUCGCCGGGGCCACACGAAUCUAUGCUCUCUGCGCAGCAAGGAAUUGGUCUGGACUCGGUGAUGAAUAUGCCAAAAUUAAAUGAGGCUCCUACAAUGGAUUCAAUGCAAUUUGGAUCAGUGGGACUUAUUAGGAAUCCGCCUUUCCCACAGCAACAGCCAAUGGUCGAUUCCUUGUGGAGUCAGCCGUCUGCAUCGAGCGAUCUAAUGUGGGUGCAACAAGCCAUGUCUGGCCGCAACGACUCCCGAGUAAACAACUUGCCGAUGUUCUUCUGGGACCAACAGCCUUCUACAAUGGCCUCAAACGCGCUUAUACCAGAAGAUAUCACAAAAGAAAUGAAGACAGAAGAUCAAAUUUUAGCACAACUCAGAGCGUCGCAGAACAUAAGUACACCACAGGGAGUGUCAUUCACAAAUGAGCAACCAGCAGUGUCCCAGCCUCCUAGUAAAUCAGAAGAAACAUACACAUCUACGACUAGUGCUACCCCCAAUCUGGAAGAACUUCAAAAAUUAAUACAGAAAGAUACUCUAGCAGCUAAACAUGCAGAUGAAUCUAUCAGUGACAAUAUCGAAGUACAGCCUGUGUCGGAAAAAACAACAAAAAGUGAACGAACAGUUGAAACCAAAGCAUCUCAAGUAAAACCUGUAUCAGAACCCAAACAGACAAAGCAAUCAAAAAAUGACAAUGAUAAGGCCACUAAAAACAAAGAAAAUAGUACGAAGAGUAAAAAUAAGAAAAAGGAAGAGAAGAAAGAUGAAUUAGAAAGUAAGACUAAAGAAGAUAAUGUAAAAUCGGAGAAAACGUCGGAAGAGGCAUCACCAACUAAGAGUAAAAAGGAAGAUAAACUAAACAAAAAAGAGUUGGAGAAAGAAAAGAAAGAAUGGCUUAAAGAAGGUUUCACAAUUGUAAAGGGGUCUGAGAAGAACGCAAGCAAGGACAAUAAGAAGAAAGUGGAAGAGAACAAGGUUGCUGAGGAAAGUGAACGAAGGAGAAAGGAGGAAGAAAAAUUAGCUCUGGAAGAAGAAAAGAAGAGAAAGCAAGCCGAGACUACCAGAAAUAAGGAAUUGCAACAGCAACAACAGCAGCAGCGGCAGGCGAUAGAGUCGGUCGCAAAGAAAGCGCCGUGGUCAGCGGUGGCCAACCAGGCGAUGUUAGCGACCAACAAGGACGGGCUCACCCUGGCCGAGAUACAGCGGCUCGAGCGCGAGAAGAAGUUGGAGCAGAUGAAGGAGCAGCAGCAGAUGAUGCAGAUCAUCGCGCAGCAGCAAGCAGCCGCCCUUGCAAGGGAGCAGGAAAUGCAGUCUGGUUUGGGAUGGGCGAAAAAGAAGGGGACCAAUUUUAAUGUUCCAGGGCAAAGUUUGGCAGAAAUCCAGGCGGAGGCUCGCAAGCAAGCAGCUGCGGCGGCUGCAGCGGCGGCGGCAGCGGCUGUGACGCAAGCGCUCGAAGAACCGCCGACGCAGACGCCAAUAAACCACGUUCCUUGGGGAUCGGCACCUAAUGGCGGUUUCUGGGACACACCGCCGAAUCAGCCAAUGAAAGCGGAGAAACAGCAAGAGUCUCCCAAGGCAUCAGCCCCGGAACAGAAGGCCAAGAAGAAGGCGACGGUCAGCAUGCCCCCCAAGAAGGAAACGUCGCCGGCCGUGGAGUUCGAGUCUUGGUGCACCACUGUACUGGCUUCAUGGAGCUCGAAAAUCGAUGUACCUACUUUCGUCGGAUUUCUGAAGGACAUUGAGUCGCCUUAUGAAGUAAAAGACUAUGUCAAGUGUUACCUAGGGGAGUCUAAGGAUUCGAACGAUUUUGCUCGCAAUUUCCUCGAGAGAAGAUCAAAACUCCUCCGCGUGGGUAUGGUGACGCCGUCAGACGAUUUGUGUUCGCCGGCGAUGGCCAUCAACCCGCGCACGCUGCCCGGCUCCGACUACCAAGAGGGCAAAGGUAAGAAGACCAAGAAAAACAAAAUGUUGAAAGUGGACGCUCGCAUACUCGGCUUCUCGGUGACCGCCGCCGAGGACCGUAUCAACGUCGGCGAUAUCGACACUGUGUGAGCGCCCCUCUCCACUCCUAGUAACUCGCCUUGUGAUACCGGUCGCAGAGUUAGCCAACUCCAAUCCUCUCCACGCCUAAUCUAGCAUGUAAGAACUCCCCCAACGAUGCAAGAGCAAACUCUAAACCCAACUUCGACAUUGAAACCCCACAAAUGACGACCCACACUCUACACGGACACGUUGACAGUCCUGUCAAUCUAGAACUCGGUACAUUCUUAACUAGAAUUCUUACUCAACAGCUCCACGUAUCGUCGAAAACUAUUUUGUACAAGCGACACGUAGAUUAACGGUGGUCGAGUAGUGAUGUGUUGAUCAAGUGUAGCUGACGUAAUAUUAACGUUUAGCUUAUUGCAUAGUAAAACGACAACAAUUAUUGUGCCUUCAGUGUGUUCUGGCCUUUGGGUGAGAGUGACUUUAAUUUAAUAUUUAUUGAGAUAAAUUAUUAUAUCGCCGCUGUGGGAGUUUCGGCUAUCGAGUGUGUUCGUCGAAUUUUUUCGCUUGCACAUUCGGCUGACGCAAGUUUUAACCGAUGGAAUACGCGUUUGUGAAACCAAAAGAAUACCGAAGAACACACGCGCAUUUUCGAGACUCUUUACUUAGUUUGUCCGGUGAAUGCAAAUUGAUUCUUAUGACAACGAUAUACAAUUUCGUCUGACUGACUUACUGACAGUCGCAAUGCCCAAUCGUGACAACUUUAACCUAUAUUCAUUUACAAGUAGCUAGUUGGUACCGAUCCCUAUUGACAUGAGGUUUUUCCUUACAUUUUUUUAUUUAGACUCAUCUCAAUUACCUGAAUGUCGUUGACAUAUGAAUCUCAACAUCACCAUUCGAAUGGCAGCACUCCAGACACGGCGCCAACGUGACAAAAUAAAUUCUUACCCUUGAUAAUAGCAAUGAAUAUGUGCAUUAUUUAUAAUGAAGUUGAAUUUCUAGUCACUAUCUACAAACUAAUUUUAAACAGAUAAUAAACACGGCACAAACGAUCGUUAUCCGCCACCGCGAUGUAAAUCAAUGGGUGACAUUCAUAGUAGUACAGAUUAAGAUUAACCCCCAUUAUUGGUAUGCAGUCGCUAACGUCAAAUUAUUUCGUAUGUCAUGGAAUGUUCACUAUGUAGGUACUAUCGAGCAAUUUGAUUUCUGACCCACUGUUAGCUUAUUUCCUUACCAAUAUUCUGAUUCAAUUGGGUUGUUUUUGCCAAUUUGUAUCAGUUUGUACGGUAAAAAUGCUACGCUGUGCUGUUAAAAUGUUAUUGUGAGUCUGCGGAAAAAAUGCGUUUGUGACAGUACGUGUCAGUGCCUUAUGUUAACAGAAUCAAGUAUGUAAACUUUUGUCCUAGUAAAAAGAGAUCUACGAAAAUAAACUCAAUUUUGUCAACUUUAUAGUUUAUUUCGUACGAAACUGAUACAACCUGUCACGAACGCAAUCUUUCAGCGGCCGCCCUUGAACAUUAUCACAGUACAGCGUUACAUUUUUACCGUACAUACUUAUGGAUAUAUGAUGGAUACUAAUGACAUAUAGGAUUUUGCUAAUAUAUACAGGGUGUUACAAAAAUACAAAUAAAGCUUGAAGGGCGUUGAAGUACAUCAUAUAAGAAGUAUUUUUAAUUUUUAUCAAAUAAAAUCGCUAAAAUUUCUGUUACUCGACUCGAUUUUUUUUUAAUUAUGUACUUAUUUUGUAAUAAAAAAGUAGAUAUUGUCUCUAUCAAUCUACAACAAAGGUUUUAUUUAAUCAGUAUUUGAUCCUAUAAAUUUCCUGGUCAUGAAAAGGUCCAAAGUCCAAAACGCAUUUUAAAAUAUAGCUGAAUGUGUUUCAAAAUUUAAAGCCAUUUUAUUGCAUCAGGUCAGGAAUCAAUUUGUUCAAUUGUACACAAAUAUGAUUAUAAUUAUGGCAUACUCAAAAUUAAUGUGUGCAUGCAAGCAGAAAUAUACAUAUUAAUAUUGUAAGAACAUAACAUAUGUAUGAUAAUGUAUUUUAGUAUUGCAUUCACACGAAGAUAAUGGUAUAAAUGACUACCAUUGACAAUUAAGGUGCAUCAAAUACAGAUUGAUUAGUAACUUCUAUUUAUAUCGUAAAUUUCUUGAUUAAUAAUACACCAACGCAAUAUUCGAUCAAUAUUGUAAUUACCAUUUUUUUGCUAUUAAUUAGUUAUAAUGUAAUUGUAGUUCAUAAAUUGACAGUCAAUGAAUAACGAAAUUAACUUCCAGUAUAUCGGCACCGCUGACUUGUAUUUAGAAUGUGUAUUGGUUCAUCUUGGCUUGGAAAUUAGUACCACCAUUCUACGAUUAUAAAUUUGGAGCGCGAUGUUGAUUUUUGUCGCUGAAAUCGUAAUCGUUCCAACUGUCGUUCGGUUACGGCUCGGGACGGUUGCUCAUUAAUUUUUUGUUGUAUUCCCAAAACCUUUCCUAGAAAUAUUUUCUUUUCUACUUUAUGUUAUGGUAGCCAAGCCAAGAUUGGACUAUCGUAAUAAAAUAAUACACUCCUAGUUACAAUUAUUCUUCUUCAAAGCAUCAAAAAUUUCCAAGCCCGCAAAGGGUACAGUAUGACUUGAUGCCAUGCGUAUGUGUGUAAUUCUUGUAAAUAGAUUAUAUUUCCGAAUUGCAGUAUGACUGCAUUUCAGAUUAAAAGCCGUAGGCACUUCUGUUUGUGGCCGAAAUUUAUAUGUGAUAACGUCUUCGUGUGAAGUAAGCAAUUUUAAGUUGCUCACUAUAAGGACAAUGUUGUGAACACGAUUAAACAUUGUUGGAUAAAGUCGAUCUAACUAUAAAAAUGUCUCCGUAAUAAUAGUAAUAUAGGUACGCAAUUUGCAUUUUAUUUAUAUUUCAUAUUUAUUAAAAAUGAGCAAUUAUAUUAAUCACAAGUUCUGUAAUGUUUAGUUUUUAUUUAAUUUUUGUAUAAUAUGUCCCAGGAAUGUUUUGCUAAGAAUGACUUCAAGAUGAAGAAAAUUUGCUGUCUCUAGUUAAUUAGUCACUAUGGUUAUUUGUUUUUUAUGCAUGGUAUUUUAAUGGUAACAAUUUUUAAUUUUGAUUAGAUGAAAUUAUCAAUUUAAUUCAAUUUGUCAUUCCCAAUAUAAGUGACUUUUGAUACAUAACAAGAAAAUGUAUCCUACGCGCGACCUAAUUUAACGAAAUAGCCUAUCAGAUUCUUGUGUUGAAAUAAAUUUGUUAACAUUUGCAACAAUACUGAGAUUAAAAUUACCAAAAUAUAGUCAACUAUCACCUACUUAUUAUUGUAUAGAUCAAGAACUUAGUACAAAUAUCAAUGUGUAAAUUUACAUUGUCGAUGAUAUAAGUAAAGGAAACGGUCGUGCAUCGAGUGCCUCACACCCAAAAGGCUUAUCUCAUUCUUAUCUACUGUUUUAAACAAUUCUAGAACGUUCUUCAUUUUUAUUCAGGGUAGUCUUUUCAGUAGGCUUAAUACAUACAUAUAAGGUAAUAAUUACUGAACUAAAAUAGAAUACACCUGUUCCAGUGAUUCGUGGUACUUAUCGAUCGCUUUUAAUCAUUUUUAUCAUUCUAUUAUUAUAACAAGCAUUGCUAUACGGCCGUUUUAAUUUAGUUUAAUUAUUUUUACAUUCAAUUCUAAGGAUUUUAUUAGUGUUUUAUGUAUAUACAUUAUUUAAAUGUUUAAUUAUUGCGUAAUCAUUUGUAUAUAAUUAUACUUCCUUGUUUCUUACCUGAAAUAUUUUUAUACUAAAUCGUAAUUGCAGAUUUGCUUUUAAAUCCACAUAAAAUCUAUGAUUCGUGCCAGUGAGAUUAUGGCAUUGUGUCUCCAACAAGUUCCUCCACAAAUGACAUUAAUUAUGCCUCUUAUAACUCUAACACAGGCAGCGUAUGGUUUUGAGUCCAAUGGAAGCAAUGAAACAAACAAAUCAUUUAUCAAUAAGCGGCUGUUGAGACUUUCCUCUGGUUCAAUAGAUUGUAGAUUUCAGCAAGUCACAUGAAAUUACUUAUGGCACAAAAGUGCACAAUAUUAUUGCUCAUCGCCUAAAUAAAUUUAAAUGCAGUUUCUCUUUCUACGUUUUCACGGAUCUGCGUGAACAUUAAUUGACAAAAAAUGCAUCCGAAAUUGACAAACGGAGUUAAGAUCAUUGCUGGUUGUUAAGAGCCGCAUCAUAUAUAAUUAAAUUCUUUUAAAAUUGUGGUUAUUUUUAUUGUUCUUUAUAAAUUUAGAACAUCAAAAACACAUAGUACUGAAAAGAGGAACUGUAUUAUCUAUGAGAGAAUACCUAAUAUAAAUAUAAUUAGUAUAUUAUUUUGUUCAUAUGUCGAUGACUUCGUUUGGCUACAGUAGGGCAACGAUUUAUUUAUUUAGAUCUACCAACAGUUAUUUACAUUCAUAUAAAUGUAAUAUGUCGUAUUAUAAGUUACAUGCAAUCACCAAUUACAGGUUAAACACUGAUUCCCUUUCGUAUAUAUACCAGAUAUAUUUAAUUUAUAUCUUUAAUACUCGUUACUAAUCCUAAAUAUUUGUUUUUAAAAUUCAAUCUGUGUUUUAAACUGUGACUUUUGUUAUGUUACCUAUCGACAUAAUUGUCUUGCCGAAUUUUAAUAAAUUGGUCGUUUCCUUUCAGUUUGAAAAAAUAUGUAUUGUAUAUUUUUGUAAGAGUGAAAGGUCAGCGAUGAACUGUGUCUACUCCGUGGCACUCUGUCUAUUUGUAAUGUUUAAAUUUAUGUUAAUGAUUUGUUUUAGAAUCGUUGGUAUGAAGCGUCUUAUCCUUCUAUUACUCCAACAGGGACUCGCAUUACUGUUCAGGCAGAAGCCAUUUAUUUAUAUUUUUUAAUCACAAGAAUGAAAGACAAUUUUACCAAAUAGACGAAGAGAAUGCAGACGGCGUCUUAUUAGGGGUUAGUUAGCAUAUUCUUAAUGUACAUACUUGUACGUACUGAAUGCUUGUGGCUCGAGAGUGUUUGUUUUUACUCAUUAGGCUUGAUUAACAAUGGAUUUAACUAUUACACCAAUUAUUGUGUUGAUGUCGAUUUUUUUUUAGUAAGUAUUUUGUAAUUUGUACGCCCAUUGCCUUCCCUUCAUCGACAUGAAUGUGACUAUUAAUCAAUUUUACAUCUCAUACAUAUUUUAUGUUAUAUUUUACGCCGAAGUCACUACUGCUCUUUUUUAUUAAGUGAUCGGAAACGAUUUUGAAUUCGAUAUUUUACGCUUUGUCAUCACUUGUGAAGAAAUUGACAAAGGCAAAGCAAUAAGUCGAUAAGUAAUUCUUCUCCGAUCGCUUGCGAAUAAAGUGGUCGGUCCCUGUUGUGAGCUAUACUAAGAUUAGAACUGGCAAUAUUUUAGUUGGAUUUUUAGUGUGGAAUCCAAUAAAUUGUUAAUAUGCAAAUUGAUACUGUGGGAUUGUUCUAGAUAUAAAGCGACUGCCCUUCCAAGAUUCAAUUUUAAGGCUGUAUCUUUUGUCUAUAUGUGAGAUGGUAAGGUGGCGAGCCUUCUCGGAGCUUGCUUUCGAUCAAUUCGUGUAUGAGGCCAUAGGACAUCAUUAGAUCUCGAUAAUUUUAAAUUUAAGCGUCAUUUAUACUUGUAAAUAAAAAGCCUAUUUGUGAGAGAUCAUCAAUAUUUUUUUAGAUAGAAAUGUGGAUAAAUUACGCUAUUGUAUAGUGUGAAAUUCAGAUUCUCCACAACAAAGUGAUAUUAAAUUUAAUACCUCACAGAUUUGACUACGUCAAAGUCUUAUUCACAAUUUUGUUAAAUUCUUUAUAUUUUCCAUAGAUGAUUGGUCUCGCUUCAGCCGAGAGAAGCGAGGCUAAUCAUUUAUCUAUGAUAUUUGCAUUAUUUUUACAUUUUUAAGUCCCAGGCAUAUACAUAUAUCUGUACAGUAUCGUCUUGUUGUUCGUUAGGUAAUUGGAAAAUUUAGUGAGAAGCUAAAAUUACAUUGGCACUAUCUUCGAGUUAUAUGAUAUUAUUAAAGUAGAUCUGAUAGCUAUGGCCUUGACUUUAAAGCUGAUAUAUAGAAACCCCACUCAUCAACAGGCGUCCGUUGUUAACUUGCCUUCGAUUCGUCUCUUUCUAUCGUCUUCGAAGUGUAGUUCGUGACUUCAAGACUAGGAGAAGAAGCAACAUGUACAAAAAAGAUCUACAUCUGCGAGUCGGUUGACUAAUGCUCUUAGCUCGUAAUUAUACCUAAUGCUCACAUGCACUAGAAAGAGAUGGAGCGAAGGAAACGUACAAAAGGUUGUGUGUACGUGUGAGAAUUCACUUUAGGUCACGGGUCAAUUCAGAGAUGUGAACAAAUAAUAUCACAUUAGAGAAAAUCUCUAUAAUUAAUAACAUAACAUCCGUUAUUGGACCGCUUGUACGUGCUAGAAACACGUUCUCAAUGCAAUAAAUAUUGCAAUCUAAGUGUUUGUAAUACAGUUGAUUCAUCUUGUUACCGGCAAGUGCUCCGCUCCGACCCUUGUCCUAAUAUUCUACUGGGUUCCCGCCACCUAGUGAGGUGUUGCUCUUGGAAAACUAAAUUAUUCAAUAUUAAUACAGCCUUAUUAUAAAAAGAAGCAAUAAGUGUACUGAUUCUCGUAAACUCCUAAUGAAUGUUAAAUGUUUUGAUUAUUAUAAUAUGUUCUAAAGACGUGUAAAUAUUAUUUUAGAGUUAUAAAUAAAAUAAUUGAUCAUUGUUUUGGACCUUUUAUUUUACCAAGGCAAUAAGUAUGGUCUAUCAGAAAAUUUAAAUUUGCACACAUUGGCGUAACAACUUAAGUAGACUCCCAAUCGUCUAACAAAAGUGCAUAAAAAACGUCCGAGCCGCGCUGUAUUACACAUAUACAUCAAUUUACACAGAAGAAAAUACUUCAAAUGAAUACGUUAUGUCGUGGCAGUAAGGUUCAAUGUCAAUUGUGUACGAGCGAGAAAGGGAGAGUUUGAUAUACGACCGAAACAACAAGAAAGUUG